GGUGUGUUACGUGAGUUUAUUCGGUAUGUGGUGUUAUCAUAUUCCGUACACAACAGGUUUAAAGCUGGACAAAUCCUCAUAUAUGUCAAACUCUUGUCCCAUGAUUAAAAUUUAUGCCUGGCCACUCUAUUGAGUUUUAAGAAUGUCAUCGAAACCAAUUUGUGACCGUGUUAACACAUAUGCUAACAGAACUAUUGGUAUACCGGGAUAUGAAGGAAUACCUCACAAUUUACUGAUCAAUGUUGUUGGUUGGGUGGUUUUAAUGUUUGGAUUUUCAUUGCUAAGGAAACUUGCAUGGGACUAUGGACGUAUGGCUAUGGUUCAACCGAAGAAGAAUAGAUGGACCACACUAUUUUAUGCAGAUGUACAGAGACGUGUUAGUGAAGCUGGUUCAGUUGAAAGUUUAGAACAAAAUCUACCCGUGAAUAAUGAUCCUGGUUAUUUCUCAUGGAUAAUCAGUUACUUUAAACUGACGUCUGAUGAUCUACAAUCUAAGGCUGGAAGUGAUGCUGUUCAGUACUUGAGAUUUCAUAUGUACUUGAUUAUUUAUACUGCAAUAACUACAGUUUUAUGCUUAGUGGUCAUUCUCCCGGUAAAUAUACACGGUACACUAAAAUCUCCUGACUUACAACAGUUCGGUGUAACAACAAUAUCAAAUAUAUCCAGUAAUUCUUCCAGUCUAUGGGUUCAUACAAUAUUUGCUAUUGGAUUUUUUCUCUUGGCAUUUUUUCUAAUGCAACAUUUCUCCAGGCAGUUUCGUCGGGAAUCGAAUCGAACAUUAAAUUUUUCAGAUAGGACACUAAUGAUUUGGGGGAUAUCAAGAACAAAUAUUUCUCGACCACUCAUUCUAAGGCAUUUUGCUGAACUUUAUCCUGACUGUCCAGUUGAAGAUGUGCAAAUUUGUUAUGAUAUACGUAAAUUGAUAAAACUUGAAAAUGAAAGAGAUAGUCUUCGAACUGCAUUGAAAUAUUCUAUAGAAAGUUAUGAACAAAAAGGUCGACGUCCACUUAUCAUUCCACGGUGUUGUGGUUGGAUGUGUAAAAAGUGUUAUAAGAAUACUUUUUGUCGUAAUUGUUGUUGGCGUGAUACAUACACUGAACAAAGUCCAGAAUUCGCCUAUCCUUCAGACGAAAGUCCAAUACCAUGGUCAGAGACAGCAGACACUGCUAGUAUUCAUCAUAAUAAUAAGUAUAAUAAAACAACAGCCUUGACAAAUAGUUGCUCGUGUUGUUGUGCAUGCACACCAGCAGUGGAUGCAAUCGAUUAUUAUGAAAGUAGAAAUACUUAUAUUCAAGAAGAAAUCGAUAAAGAAUAUGAUAUUGCUUUUAAAACACCUCUUGGUAUAGCAUUUGUAACUUUCUCAACAAGAUAUGCUGCUGCACGUGUGUGUAAGGAUUAUCGAGAUACAUGUAAACGUUUAAUGAAUCGUUUAACGUCUAGUGUGAGUCAGGAGUUAAAAAGUCAUACAUGGUCUGUGGAUUUUGCACCAACGCCUAGUAACAUCAUUUGGGGGAAUUUAUCUGUCACUCGAACUGUUUGGUGGUGUCGAGCUAUCAUAAUUAACCUAUGCGUCUUCUUUGUGGUAUUCUUUCUGACUACACCUACAUACGUAUUGAAUUUGGUUAAUACACUGCAUUUAACUGAACGUCUGCAGAUUAACAAUCCUUUGUUGAAUCAAUUUAUACCGUCUAUUAUCCUAUGGUCAGUGUCUGCUUUAUUACCGUAUAUUGUCUACAAUUCUGAUCGUUUUGUUGGUCAUUGGACAAAAUCAUGUCUACAUUUAACUGUUAUGACAAAAACAUUCACCCUGUUGAUUCUAAUGAUUUUGAUACUACCAUCGCUUGGCUUGACAUCAAUACCUGCUCUGCUUCAAUGGCUUUUUCCCGAAAUGCGUAUCAUACCGUUAGUUCCGUCGAAUGACAACACCACUGCAGUGGAUUCUAAUGACUCUAAUCUUACAAAUACAAAUACUACUACUACUACUACUACUACUAUGACGACUACCCUGACUACUGCUGCUGCUGCUGUUAUGAAUAGCAGUUCUACGACGACGACGACAACAACAACGCCUUCUUCAAUUGAAAUCGAGAAUACCACAAGUCCAUUUAUCCCAUUAGGGCCACAAUCUUUCCAGUGGGAAUGUGUUUUUAUGCCAGAUAAUGGUGCUUUUUUUGUUAAUUAUGUUAUCACUGCAGCAUUUAUUGGUACAGCAUUAGAGCUAGUUCGUUUCUCUGAAUUAGUUAAUUAUGCCUGUCGAUUAAUGUGUGUUAAAUCAGGUGCUGAAAAAGGCGGUGUACGAAAGGCUAGUCAAUUUGAAUUUGAAUUCGGCUUAUUUUAUGCUUGGAGUUUAUGUGUAUUUGCUGUGAUAUGCGCAUACAGUAUACUUUGUCCAUUGAUUACGCCAUUUGGGUUAAUCUAUCUAAUAAUGAAGUAUUUUGUCGAACGUUAUAACCUUUAUUAUGCCUAUCUACCUAGUCGUAUUGAUUCACACAUUCAUUGGCUUGCAAUUAGUUGUAUGCUGGCGGCUGUUUUCCUACUACAAUUGAAUAUAUUCAUGUUUAUUGUACUACGUGCUGAUACUGUCAGUCAUGCUUUAGUCUUGUGUUCACUUUUGGGAUUAAUAUUCUCAGCAUUAUUAUUAAUAUUUACAAUUAUUACUGGAUGGGUAUUAGCUGGAAAUAGUUCAGCGCGUAAAUAUCUCCUACGAUAUGCAAGUCAUAUACCUGUCAAUGAACAUGAAUUCGAUGAUCACCAGAGUCAAUUUACGCGGUCGAGUAGUUUGAAUUCUAAGAAACAAUUCAAAAAUAGUAUACCGAACACAAUGGAUGAUCAAAACUCUAUUACAGAUCAUAAUGAUGCCUCGAUACGUGUAGGCAUGAAUGCUUUUGAUCAGAUAACACCACGAUUAGAUGUUGAAUUACAACGACCGACAAGCAUCGAUUUAACCAGUGGUCCUAGUUCAAUGCAAAUACUUAGUAGACAAGAUUUGCGUAGAAAUUCAUGCCUUGAAAGAUCUUAUUUGAAUUUAGACAAUGAAUUAUUAGUAAAUCCACAAUUUGUUGCUCCAGUCCUAUUGAAUAUACAUCAACGCGUCACUGCAUCUCGUCGGCCUAGUGCACUAUCUGUCACUAGUCAUGUAUAUGAGAAUAGUCCAGAUAAUCAAAUCGAUUCACAUGGUCAUAAUCUUCAACGUGGAUAGAUAAAAAUCCUGUCUUCUAACUGCUUAUUGUCAAUAGUAUCCUUGUCAGUACUGAACCGGUUGUGUAUUUCUGUCAUGCUUUUCUGUCUGUCUUAUUUUUGCCCUUGUACAUUAUUUAUUAUUCCCAUUGAUAUCAUCGGCGUUUCUAGUUCUGUGUAUUCUAUCCAUCGCACAAAUGUGAAUUUAUUCUGUUUUGCUGUGAUUAAUGCUUGAUAUUCAGAAAAUCUGUGAAUAUUUGCCUACCUCUUCGUCGUAUUCUUCUCCUUCUCCUCAUUUGUUAUCGUUUCUCUCCUUCACAUAUCCUUUUUUUUCUCCAACGCCUAUUCUUUUGUAUCCGCGCCUUACCCCCACAACACUCCGACAAAUCGAUCAUUGCCUUUUACUUGCCUAAUCAAGUCAAAUAACAAAAAGUAUUGUAGUACUUGUCAUUUUUGUUGUUGAUACAGCUAUCUUUACUGAAGUAUAUGCUUAUACAUAGUGUAUUAUUCUCUGUCUGUCUGUCUGUCUCCUCAAUGUCUAUGCGCGUUUGCCCCUGUUUUUUUUAAAAAACAAUAAGUGUAGCGUUUGUCAAGUAUUCACUUAGCAUUGAACAUUGAAUGCAUAUUGUGUGUUUCAUUCGUUGUUUACAGCAUGCAUCCAUUGCUUGUUUAAUUGUAAUUAUUACUAUUAUUGUUACUAUUUGUGGUAUUAUUUCUUUUUCUCGUCAAAAUAUUUCAAUUAUUUUUCUAUAUAAUUAUAUGAUGAUUCUUAUUGUCUAAAUAAAUAACUAGACAAUUUUGUUUAACAUCAAAUCUUCUAUGCUUUUUUGUAUUAAACGUCAUGCUGUUGGUCAUUUUGUAUGUGUGUGUGUCUGUGUUGAUAAAACCGCAAUCAUUGUUGUACCCAGCAUCAUAAAAAAACUGAUAAUGUCGUCCAUCAUUGGGGUUUCCCCAUGCAUUAUUUAUUAUUUUGUAUGUAGCGGGCUAAUGUUUCAAUGUACAAUGUUUGCUACACCUAGUGUUCAAUGUCCAAGUUGAACGAUGUUUAGAUAAAUUGUCACAUGUGUGCUUACCUUUAAAUGCUCUUUGCCAUUUUUGGUGUGUGUGUGUGUAUCUAUGAUCGUGAUUAUUAUUAUCUUUCUGUUGAGAGGUUUCGAUUUAUUUUCACAUAGAUCCAUAGAGUUACCUUUUCCUACUGUAAAAGAUCGAAUAUUGAAAAUCCAUGAAUAAGAGAAUAUUGUGCUUACU